AUGUCAACAAUCUUCGACGAUCUCAUCGAAGUAGUAAAAGCACAUCCCAUAAUUUAUGACAUACGUAUGAAGGGUUAUCAAAAACGAGGUUCAAGACGUGAGAAAGCUUGGCAGGCUAUUGCAAAAUGUAUGCAACAACGAGGGCAUGACAUAAAUGAUGAUGGAUGUCGUAGGAGAUGGAAUAAGUUAAAGUUCGCUUAUACUCGGGACCGAACAUUAAGAAGAAUCCAAGGCAGUCCUCCUUUGAGGAGUUCUUGCGCAAAAUAUUUCGAUUCGCUUGCAUUUCUCAACCCAUUUCUUGAUGACUAUAAAGCACGUCCAAAGACAGUUCAACCAAUAGUUUUGGAUAGCGAGUCAGACGAUGAUUCUGCUAUUCACUCAACAGUUCUCGAAAGCGAAUGGGAGGAUGAUAACUCCCCAAAUAAUAGGUCGCAUUUAUUGGCAAUGAAGGCAGAGGAAAAUCAGUCUUUGGAAGUCAAAGAUGAUGAAUGA